GGUGGCCUUGUGAACCAAGAUGAUUUGUAUGAGGCGUUGAAAGAGGGUCGAAUUCGAGCCGCUGGAAUCGACGUAACCGAUCCUGAGCCUAUGCCCACGAAUCAUCCUUUGCUAACACUACCGAACUGCGUUGUUCUACCACAUAUUGGUUCCGCCACAAUGGCAACACGUCAGCGUAUGAUGGAACUUGCCGAGGAAGCCAUUCUGCAUACGUUCAACAAAAUACAAAUACCGGAUUCAAUACGAGUCGUAUGA